AUUUUAGUAUAUAAUCGACGCGACAAAAGCCAAAAACUCAUGUAUGCAACCAAAUAAUGUUAUGCCAGUGAUUGCGGGCACAGGUAUGAGCGAAGACUGUCUGGUGCUUAACAUAUGGACAACAAAUACCACAGCAUUAAAGCCAGUGAUGUUUUGGAUACACGGAGGGGCACUCAGUGUGGGCUCAAUAUUUCAAACGUGGUUUAAUGGCUCGGCUUUGGCCACAAAGGAUGUGGUGAUUGUGUCCGCCAACUAUAGGUUAGGAACUUUUGGGUUCCUAUACGGGGAACGGGAGUACGCGCCCGGAAAUGUGGGUUUCUAUGACCAGCUGUUGGCACUUAAAUGGGUUAGAGAAAACAUCCACUCGUUUGGUGGAGAUAGGGAUCAGAUAACCAUUUUUGGUGAGAGCGCCGGGAGUUGGUCGGUGUCCGCACACAUACUCUCCCCGCUAUCCAAAGGC